AAAUGAUAAAAAUGCGAGCAGCUCAACUUCCAAUGCUACAAAAACGGCUGUAUCGGGUGAAGGAGCGAUUCUCAUCAGAAGAUGCUCUCGAGCGCAAUGUUAUUGCAUCACUCGACGCUGUUCCAUUGGAGUCGAUACGACGCUUUGCCAUGCAGUCCACAAGAUAUAUCGAUGCUUAUCAUAAUGGCCUCAAUGGCGCACAGGCUGCAUGGGCAAUAAAAAAUUUCAUGUUUGAUCAUUUCCCAUCAACAAAUUAGUAUUCCACUUUUCUGAAACUCAUUUGUUAUUAUGCAACCUCUUAAUCUACCU